GAGCAAGCAUUCACGUUUCAGUUGGGUAUAUUCAUUGCUUAUGCCGCACGAAGAUACUGCUCUAACUAGAUAUCUGUUUCGCUGUCAGACUCAGUGGUUUCUUUCUAUUCAUCCCUUCCGACAGCACAUCAAUUCCUCCGUCCUAGCCAUGGCUUCUAGCUUGCUGCAGCUAGAUUUGGAUACCACGACAGUCAUUCUGACCCUGAUUGAGCCUGUGGAUGCCCUUCGGCUGGCGUUGACGUGUCGCGCAGCGCAAAAGGUGGCCAUCCCGCGUUUACUAUCCGAGGUCGAUAUAGGGCCAGACUGGCAGAAGAAUGGGCGCGACAGAGUCGGGAAGUUCAGCAGAUACAUGCUCCAGCGUCCCGCGGAACGUAUCCCGCAUCUCAAAACUCUCGUUCUCAACAGCGAGACGUUCGUCACCGGCGCGGCGGAUCCGCGCACGGGUGAGAUGUACGUUGACUUCAACUUCACAGCAGCCGUGUCUCUGGCUGCUGUAGUCCAGCGCGCUCUCCGCCUGCGGAAACUCUCCAUAGGCGGCGCGGAGUUCCUCUUCGAAGGUGUACCUGAGCUCGCUGCCGCCGUCGCGAGUCUCACGAACAUCCAGGAACUCAGCUUCACCCACACGGGCAUCGGUGUAGCGCGCGUACUCUCGAGGAUGAGGAGUCGGCCGCGGGACGUAGAGUGCUCCAUACUCGAGAUGCGCGACAAGCAAGAGGCCAAGCGGUACACCAACUUCAGGCUCGGACGAGAUCGCUUCCUGCACAACUUCACAGAGUGCUUGGAGAAGGUCAGGCUCGACGGCAUACUGCUCGACCUCUCACAGGAUAUCUUAUCCCUCCUCGAGGGCGACACCGUCUGGCCUCGCGUGCACGACCUCACUAUCAAUGACAGCGUCGUCGACAACCUCAACUUCUUCGCCAGAGCAUUCCCCAAUGUCCGUCGCCUGCACCUCAACGCGGUCUCCGUCAACGAGCCCGUCAUUAACAGCGCGGCUUGGACCAGCCUGGACUUCCUCGCCCUGCACUGGCCUCGGUGCCCCGUCUGCCACCGCAUCCGAUGGCUCCGUUUCAACUUCACUCUUACCUCGGGGAGGCAUUACAGAAACGCGAUGCGCUACGCCGAAUCAGAAGACCUGCUUCGCGCGACAAAGCCGGCCAUCCUCGACGCCUUUGGGACGCCAGAGCUGUUCAAGUGCGUCGCAGAGGCGAAUUUGGCACUCAAAUUCCUUCGUGUGUAUGUAGCCCCUACGGCAACGGGCAGCCCCUCGGGGCAGGUCGACUCUCUUGACAGCUGGCUCGUAAGUCAAUCUCGGUGUGUAGACUGAUCGUCGACUGACCCCUCGCGUAGGAGAACGUGACCCCACACAUGAAGAAGAUUACGCUGAGAGGCCUCGCGAUCGUCACCCAAUGUCAAGUUCUGGAACAGCGCGGCGAGUACGCGCAGAAGAUCCUCGCUUCGCAUCCAACCCUCGAAUACGUCGGCUUCGCGAGGUGGACCGUG